AUGGUACGUCUGCGAGACAUUAUCAGCGAGCGUUUGAAUGCCUUCCGCCGUGAUUUACGCCAUGGGGACCCUACCGCCAACGUCAAGCCUUUGCGGGUCACCCUCAACCCAGGGGCGAGGCCGGUUGUAACCGCGGCCGCGGAUGCACAACCCGAUAAGACUUCGUGGUUGGCGGGGUGCAUGGCGUCUUUAAACACGUUGGAUGUGGCGUUUCCCAAUAUCCUGGCCGUUCGGGCCAGUUCCGCGAUGACGACUCUGAGGAAAAGGGAAAACAUCGACUGAUGAAUGGUGAGUAGUAAAAGUGUCUUGGCUGGUCCGGUGGUCGCAUGUGAUUUUUUUUUUUUCACGUCUUCACUUCAAAUCAGGGCUCACAGCACUGGUGCCGUUUACUCCAACCCGUGGUCACACAGAAGAGCCCCUCUCUACCCUCCCCUCUUGCGGUACUUUGCCUUCGAUUUUUAAUGCGAGAAGAGUUCAGCACUCUCUUCCCUCUGUGUACACACGAACUAGCGCUAUCCAUUAGGCCAGGAGCGGAAGCGAGAGAAAAACUCACUUUGCAAGAAAAGCUCGCUUACGGCGGGAUUCGAACCCCUGACCUGAUCUC